GGCUCCAUGUCUGUGUGACCGGCCCCAGGGGUAGAGUCCAGGCCCGACGCGGGGCGGGCCGGCGGCGGCGGCGGCCGAGGUGAGAGACGGCAGCGGAGGCGGCGCGGGCACCCGGCCCCCAGCGGGAGGAUGAAGCGGCGGAACGCCGACUGCAGUAAGCUCCGCCGCCCCCUAAAGCGGAAUCGGAUCACCGAGGGCAUCUACGGCAGUACAUUUUUAUACCUGAAAUUCCUGGUAGUGUGGGCGCUUGUCCUCCUGGCAGAUUUUGUCCUGGAGUUCAGAUUUGAAUACCUGUGGCCAUUUUGGCUUUUCAUCAGGAGCGUCUAUGAUUCCUUCAGAUACCAGGGACUGGCUUUCUCAGUAUUUUUUGUUUGUGUAGCAUUCACGUCAAAUAUAAUAUGUCUGCUGUUCAUCCCCAUACAAUGGCUUUUUUUUGCUGCUAGCACAUAUGUAUGGGUUCAGUACGUAUGGCACACAGAAAGGGGAGUGUGUUUGCCCACAGUGUCCCUCUGGAUACUCUUUGUUUAUAUUGAAGCAGCGAUUAGAUUUAAAGAUCUCAAAAAUUUUCAUGUAGACCUUUGUCGUCCAUUUGCUGCUCACUGUAUUGGGUACCCUGUGGUGACUUUGGGCUUUGGCUUCAAAAGUUAUGUAAGCUACAAAAUGCGAUUAAGGAAGCAGAAGGAAGUGCAAAAAGAGAACGAAUUUUACAUGCAGCUUCUUCAACAAGCUCUCCCUCCAGAGCAACAGAUGCUACAGAAGCAGGAAAAAGAGGCGGAGGAAGCAGCCAAAGGAUUGCCUGAUAUGGAUUCCUCGAUCCUUAUACACCACAACGGGGGUAUCCCAGCCAACAAAAAACUCUCCACAACUUUGCCAGAGAUAGAAUACCGAGAAAAAGGGAAAGAAAAGGACAAGGAUGCCAAAAAACACAACCUUGGAAUAAAUAACAACAAUAUUCUACAACCUGUAGACUCGAAAAUACAAGAAAUUGAGUAUAUGGAAAACCAUAUCAAUAGUAAAAGAUUGAAUAAUGAUCUUGUGGGAAGUACAGAAAAUCUCUUGAAAGAGGACUCAUGCACUGCUUCCUCAAAAAAUUACAAAAAUGCCAGCGGAGUUGUGAACUCAUCACCUCGCAGUCAUAGCGCCACAAACGGGAGCAUUCCUUCCUCAUCUAGUAAAAACGAGAAGAAGCAAAAAUGCACGAGCAAGAGCCCAAGUACACACAAGGACUUAAUGGAAAACUGUAUUCCUAAUAACCAGCUAAGCAAACCAGAUGCACUGGUAAGGCUGGAACAAGACAUUAAAAAGUUAAAGGCUGACCUGCAGGCCAGCAGACAAGUGGAACAGGAGCUCCGCAGUCAGAUCAGUUCCCUGUCCAGCACUGAGCGGGGGAUCCGCUCCGAAAUGGGCCAGCUCCGGCAGGAGAACGAGCUGCUGCAGAACAAAUUACAUAACGCUGUGCAAAUGAAGCAAAAAGACAAACAAAAUAUCAGCCAGUUGGAGAAAAAGCUAAAAGCUGAGCAGGAAGCCCGAAGUUUUGUAGAAAAGCAAUUAAUGGAGGAGAAAAAAAGGAAGAAGUUGGAAGAAGCUACUGCUGCCCGGGCCGUUGCAUUUGCUGCCGCGUCUAGGGGGGAGUGCACCGAAACCUUACGGAAUCGGAUCAGAGAAUUAGAAGCAGAGGGCAAGAAGCUCACAAUGGACAUGAAGGUGAAAGAAGACCAGAUCAGAGAACUAGAACUGAAAGUUCAGGAGCUUCGGAAGUACAAGGAAAACGAGAAGGAUACUGAGGUGUUAAUGUCAGCCCUCUCGGCCAUGCAAGAUAAAACACAACACCUGGAGAACAGUCUGAGUGCAGAGACGAGAAUCAAGCUGGACCUGUUCUCUGCACUGGGGGACGCGAAGCGACAGCUCGAGAUCGCGCAAGGACAAAUUCUUCAGAAAGACCAGGAAAUCAAGGACCUUAAACAGAAGAUAGCUGAAGUCAUGGCCGUCAUGCCCAGCAUAACAUACAGUGCCGCCACCAGCCCCCUGAGCCCCGUUUCCCCCCACUACUCUUCCAAAUUUGUGGAGACCAGCCCCUCUGGACUCGAUCCCAAUGCCUCUGUUUACCAGCCCCUGAAGAAAUGAAGACCAGCUGUGGGUUUUGCCCAACCAUUUGGUUACCAGAAGGCAUCACAAAGGAGCAUCUCUGGCAGUCAAGAUAAAAAAAAAAAAAAAAAAAAAAGUUUAUAUUGUAUUUUGUGGGACUGUAUAUGUUGUCGUUUUUAAAAAGGGGGGGAAGAUAACAUCCGAGUCUGAUUAGAACUGCCCAUCAGUUUUUCUUGUAAAUUUUUAGAAGACCUCACAGAACUUUGCAGUUUAUUUUUCUCGGCCAAUACAUUAAAACCACUCUUGGAUUUCAAAUAGCCAA